AUGCCUGCGAAUUGGGAAAUCAUAGAAGGGAAAUGCUACAUGGUGUGGUCUUUGGUGACUAAGGAAAGGCUAAAAGAGGUUAUCUACCAUGAAGCCUUUGAUCAUCAUGUUACAUAUUCCAUUCAUUACUCUGCAACAAGAAAAGGUUUUAGAAACCAAAUAAACAACUUAUGGUGGAAAAAAAGAAAAGAAGAUGCCCCUGAGAAUCAAGGAUUUUAG